GCGAAUGGGUUGAAUCACUUCAUUGAGUGGUACACCGGCAACCCGGCUUUCACGGGCACCGAUCCGCUGAACUCGUGCACAACCUCUGGCGGCCAAUUCUACUACUGCACCACCGUCAACCUCUACGAUACCGUCAACUGGUAUGUGCCUUCCUCGGCUCCCAAUGGCUAUUUCUCGUUUGUGCAAGCCACCGAUUCGACGUUCGACUACAUGGUGGAGAACUUCAAGUUCCGAGCCCUUCCCGAGUACGUGUCCGUCGUUUUCUCAUGA